GCCAUCUCGUACGCCGCCCCCGCGCUGUCCCACGCCUCCUACGCCGCCCCCGCCAUCUCGUACGCCGCCCCCGCGCUGUCCCACGCCUCCUAUGCCGCCCCCGCCAUCUCCUACGCCGCCCCCGCCAUCUCCUACGCCGCUCCCGCCGUGAGCGCCGUCGGCCUCGCCCCCGUCAGCACCUCCACCCACUCCUUCAGCCGCCACUCUACCUACGCCGCCCCCGCCGUGCACCAGCACGUCGAGCUGCCCGCUGUCCACCAUCAUGUGGAGGCUCCCAUCUACGGCGCCGCUUCCUACCCCCUGCCCCUGCAGAGCAGCUACCUCAACUACUAGAUUGAAACCACCACAACGCAGCGGAACAGCAGGUUCUCAUUUACCAAACGGAUGUUACCACAACUUUGGAAAUAAACAAUAAUAUUUUUCCACAA